AUGACAGGCCAGUCCCACAGUGACACUGAUGGCUGCAAGGACACUGCCAACAUCACAAAGACUGUCACAUACCUUCAAGCAGACUUCAAAGCAAUUCUGAUGGCCAAAGAUGGGACGGGGCAGGACAAGGCAGCUGCUGCGCCACCCCAGACUCCUACUUUCCCUCAGCAAGGAGAAAAGGGAGAGUGGACAGCCUGCACCCAGAGUGGCCCCAAGCUGCCCUAUGGACUUCUGCCUGGAAACGCCCCCAACUCGGACCCGUGUGCACGCCCGCCCCCUAACCCCGAAACCUUCGCCCCUCUGGGCGCUUCCGGCCCCGAAGGGCUCGCGUUCCUCUCCUCUGCCGGCCAACCCAACACCUGCUCCCUCGGGAUUUUCCCCGCUCGAGCCCGCCCCCCACCUCGGUGGCUCCCAGCGCCCCCACCUGGCCCGGGCCCGCAAUCGCCGCGUCCUCCCAGUUCCCGGCUGUGCGUCCCGAACGCCCGCAGCUCCGAGCGGAGGAAAGGGAGAGCUCCCGCCUCCUUCCCCCGGCUGCUGGAGCCGCCGACGGCCCACGCUCCUCCCCGUUCUCUCAGGGCCGCCCCCACCGCCGCCGUCCCCGUGUGUCCCGCGACGGACGAGGAAUCGCAGCAGCGGCUGGGGCCCGAGAGCCAGCCGAGCCGCACCGACGCCCGGGCGUUGGCGAGGGCUGGGCACUACCGGGGGUCUGGGAGAGGGGGACGCGCCCUCGGGUCGAGGUGCCGAACCGCCCGAGGCGUGAAGCGGGCUGGGCGGGCGGCCCAGGGUAGGAGUGCCCGCCGGGAACCGGGGCCGAGCUGCGGCUGGCGGAAAGGGACGGGACUGCGCGGAGGCGGCCGAAGACCCAAGUUUUGCUCCCGAGGCUGUUUUCAAAGCCGCCGGCUGCGGGAAAUGCAGGACCUCCGGGGAGUGCAUGAGGCGGGCGGGCAAGCGGCGAAGAGGAUGCUCCGGCCCCACCCGGAAUAAGCUCGCCUCGGGGGCGAGCUGAGGGUUCUCGGCCCCGUCCCGGUUAGCUGGACGCGCUGCCCGAACCCAGCGACUCGGUGAAGGACUUCUGAUCGCCCAGCUGGCGGCUUCCCACUGUGCGGCCGAUCCCUCCGUCUGCGUAGUAGAUGCCCAUCGUCCAGCUCCCCCCCUGAACCCGCACAGCGCUGCUGUUCGCGUCUGUGGGAGGCGCUCGUUUUACAGUGGGCAGGUCGGGGUCCCUUAGGAGGCGCUAAGGGGUGGGAUUCGGAGAGUCAGCAUUCAAAAGAUGCAUUAGACAGCACUUAGGAGGCUGAGGCAGGAGGUGUGAGUUCCAGGCCAGCCUGGGCUACAAAGUGAGCU